UCCAGUCCAGCCCCUCCAGCUCAGAUGUGUUCAAUGUCCAUUUCUGAAGUGUGUUUUUAUUUUACAUGUUGAUCGCUCUCUCGUCUUUUGGGCUCUUGUGAAACAGGGUUUAAUGAGAACUUAAAACUUAAAAAGGCUGCUUGUGUUUUGCUUUGAGCGAGCGUCAUAUAUCUGUGUGCUGUCAGUUAUGGACCGCAGAGUUCUGUCCAUUCAGAGUCAUGUUGUUAGAGGAUAUGUGGGAAACAAAUCAGCAUCGUUUCCUCUGCAGGUGCUUGGCUUUGAAGUGGACUCCAUAAACUCUGUGCAGUUCUCCAAUCACACAGGUUAUGAGCACUGGAAAGGCCAAGUGUUGACUGCAGAAGAAUUGCAUGUACUGUACGAGGGGAUCAAGCUUAACAAUGUGAAUCAUUACGACUAUGUUCUCACAGGGUACACUCGAGAUCAUUCAUUUUUGCACAUGGUGGUAGACAUUGUACAGGAGCUGAAGAGGUCAAACCCGAGCCUGGUGUAUGUGUGCGAUCCCGUAUUGGGAGAUAAUGGGGCUAUGUAUGUUCCUGAGAAUUUGCUACCCAUCUACAGGGACAAAGUAGUACCAUCCGCUGAUAUAAUCACUCCCAACCAGUUUGAAGCAGAAUUGCUCACUGGUAGAACCAUCUGUACAGAAAAAGAUGCAAUUGAAGUGAUGAACUUGUUGCAUUCAAAGGGUCCAGACACAGUGGUCAUCACUAGCUCAGAUCUGCCCUCUCCUCUGGGUGAUCAAUACUUGGUAGCCCUGGGGAGCCAGAAAAGAGUAAAACCAGAUGGUGCCAAAGUGACCCAACAGAUCCGUAUGGACAUCCCCAAGGUAGAUGCUGUGUUUGUGGGUACAGGAGAUCUGUUUGCUGCAAUGCUACUAGCAUGGACACACCAUCACCCAAAUGAUCUCAAGACGGCCUGUGAAAAGACUGUUUCAGUCAUGCAUCAUGUCAUUAAGAGGACUAUUACUUAUGCUAAUGAAGUGGCAGGUCCCAAUCAAAAGCCCAGUCCUGCUCAACUGGAGUUGAGGAUGGUCCAGAGUAAAGCAGAUAUUGAAGAUCCUGGCAUAGUUUUGGAUGCUGUUGUAUUGUAGAACUUGCACUACGUUCUGUACUAGACAAUGUGAAUUUCAUAUUUUUAACAAGAAGAUGACCUAAAAGGUUAUAAUCAUACUGUAGAUACCUAAUGACACCACUUAUAUUACACCAAUCAGCCACAACCUUAAAACCAUCUGCAUAAUAUUGUGUAGGUCCCCCUCGUGCCUGGGCUGGUAUGAGUAUUUCUGUAACUGCUGAUCUCCUGGGAUUUUCACAAACAACAGUCUCUAGAAUUUACUCAGAAUGGAGCCAAAAACAACAAAACAUCCUUGUUGAUGAGGGAGAGAAAAAAAAUAUAAUUCUGAGAUGCUAUUAAUCUCACCACAAUUGUACAGAGCGGUUAUCGGAGUUACCAUAACCAGUCUGGCCAUUCUCUGUUGACCUCUUUCAUCAACAAGGAUGUUUUGUUGUUUUUGGCUACAUUCUAAGUAAAUUCUAGAGACUGUUGUGUGUGAAAAUCCAGUACAGAAAUACUCAAACCAGCCCAUCUGGCACCACAAUCAUCCAUGCGAUUAUCUAAUCAGUCAAUCAUGACAUGCUGUUCUGAGAUGAGCGGGACCUACACAAUAUUAGGCAGGUGGUUUUAAUUUUGUGGUUGAUCGGUGUGUGUACAGUGCACCAAUUCCUUGAUAAGAACAAUAAUGUGCUAGAAAAGAAACUGUGAAUGACUGUUUUUUGUUAUACAGUGCAUUUAUGAUCUUAACUGUUUUUAGGUUCACAUUCCAGCCACAUUGAACAUGACAAUCCAUCCAUAAUUCUUAAAUAAUGUUUGCCACUAUGAUUAUGCAUGUGUCUAUCUGAAUCAAAUAUUAAUAAUAAUUUUUUGAUUACCAUUAAGAAAAAUGUAUUAGAAUGUUCUCAUAUUUGAUUAGUCUGUCAUACUCAAACAUUUAAUGAUUUAAGUUUGAUUCAUUAUAGUCCUUUAUUUAACAAUCAGUCCAAAUUUGAGAAAAUGUCUACUAAACAAUAAAAAGGUGAACAUGCUUCUA